AAAACUACAAAUCCCGGCAGGCAUGCGCAGUAGAAAGUGGGCUCGAGAAUGCUUCUUUUAAAAACUACAUUUCCCAGUGUCCCAUUGGUUUUGUGGUGUUAUUGGCGGGUUUAGUUAAAAAAAAUACUGUAUAUAUAUAUAUGUAUAUGGCUGAAACUUCAACUGCAGGGCAAGAUUCAAGAGAGCAAAACAAAAUGACAGACCAGGACCUCGGCGUGACACUGAAAGACAGCUGUCAAGAUUUUCAGGAUGAAGUCAUACCUCCGAAGGUUUCCACAGAACAGAAGUCUAUGGCAGAGUGUGAGCCAGGGGCUAUGGAAGGCACUGAGCCUGAACCAGAGGAGGAGGAGAAGGAGGAGGAGAAGGGGGGAGAGCAGGCAAUGCAGACGAGGCGCGUCUCCAGAAACAAAGGGCCCAUCUCCCUGAGCCCUGCCCCAACGAAGCGUCGCUCCUCUGCGAGCCCCAGCCCCGGGGGGAUACGCCGCAAGACCCCCCGCACCUCCCCCUCCCCCAAGUGCCUGUCCAGGAAAGCCAGCCCCCGAGGAGCCAGUCCCUGGGGGAAAAGCCCCAACCAGGGGCGGGCUGGCUGGAAGAGUCCCAAGCAGAGGACAGGGCUGAGCCCUCGCAGCAGGAGAAAGUCCUGGAGGAGAUCCAUCAGCAAGGCAGGGGCCAGGGGGAGGAGGUCACUCCCAGCACUGCCCAAGGACUCUGCAGGGCUCAGUCAGGCUAUCAGCAUAGAAAUGCCCGAGCAUAAGAGGCUGGCCAAACUGUUUCAGGAGUCUGUCCAGUUUGCAAUACAGAAGCUUGAAACUUCUUUAAAACCCACAGAAGAGGUUGAUCUGCAGGAGUUUAAAGCUGACAUCACAAAUGAGGUGAACCUGCUUACUGAGAGCUUGGAGCGCGAAGGAGCCUUUCAGAAAUGCACCGACAAACCCCAAGAUGUUCCUCCAAACCCAGAGAUGAAGAAAGCCAUGGACGAGGUGAGAGAGUCUGUGGAGAGGCUCACUGGGGAGUGCAAAGCCUGGGGUGAUCUUCUUCACAAACACAAAAGCGGCGCUGAGGAUAUUCUCCGCUCCCUGGAGCAGGCGAAGGUGUCUGGUGUACCCCUGCCCCCGGAGCAGGAUCUGGGCUUACUGGACCCGUCUGUGGCUGCCGUGCUGCGCAGCAAACCGGACUAUCAACGCAUCCUGCGUGGCCAGAUACCCGUCGUCAGCAGACUGGAUCUGGUGAUGGAUUCUCACCAGAAGCUGCUUCGCUCGCUGAGAUCUUUUCAGGACGAGGCUGAGAGGACUCUAAAAGAAACAUCCUCAAGACUCGCUGCCAGUGCUUUCGAAGGCCUGGAGGGAUCUCCGGUCAAGAAGCUUCUCCAUCUCCCCAAGAGCUGCUAGACUUUCACUGGCCAGGGUCCUGAAAGAGGGCUGCGCAGACCCCUUCCACUGCGUUUCCACUGGCCAGGGUCCGGAAAGAGGGCUGCGCAGACCCCUUCCACUGCGUUUCCACUGGCCAGGGUCCUGAAAGAGGGCUGCCCAGACCCCUUCCAUAGCGUUUCAACUGGCCAGGGUCCUGAAAGAGGGCUGCCCAGACCCCUUCCACAGCGUUUCAACUGGCCAGGGUCCGGAAAGAGGGCUGCGCAGACCCCUUCCACUGCGUUUCCACUGGCCAGGGUCCUGAAAGAGGGCUGCGCAGACCCCUUCCACUGGCCAGGGCUCAGAAGUGUUCUUAUUGAGCACACAAUAGAAGCCUGUCCUAUAAAAACCUGAUGGAGAGGGCCCAGUUAUCAAAGGACUGCAAAGUGAAUUACUUUGUGUCAAAAUGUUGGGGGUUGGGUGGGGGGAUUUCAUCUUGGAUUAUAUUUCUAUUUUUAAAAGUAACAGAUAAAAGCUUACGAUAACUGUGCAUGUAUUUAAUGGUAAAGCAAACAAAACUACCGCUAAUCUUUACCCCAGUUGUUUAUUUUUUUUCCUUACUUUUCAAAAGCAUUUAGACUAAAGGAAACUUCAAUGGCAGACGUUUCCACUAGCUUUUUUCAAAGUCUUUUUCUUAAGAUAGUUACUCUAAAAUGCAAGUCAAGGGUCAGUUGCUGCUUUAGAAAUGCUAAAAGAAACCUAAUAAAUGUCAAAGAAGUCUUUCUCAUCUUAGUUUAUAACAUUUAUUUUACUGCAGAUUGUAUCGCUUGCAUUUUGGCAUAGUUAGUGGCUGGUGAUGGUUUGGAAAUCGCAGUGCUCUUUUAAGCACUGUUUGUAGAACGAGGUCUCGGACAGUGGAAAUUCACACGCUGUACAUACAGCCCACUCAUGCUUUGACGCAAGAGUCUGGUAGAAAUGUGACCUGGGUAAAGAUGCAGUUCCGCUGCGGAACCACUGGACGGCGCCCUUGUUCUGUGGAUAUGAUUCUGAACUCUUGCUGAAACAUGUUCUGCUCCAGUGGUGUGUUUGUGAUCCCGGUAUUUCUGGAGUGUAGCAAUCAGGACGCUGCUCAGUAUGAAGCCUGUGAGUCAUUUCGCUAAAAGCCCAGGGAUUUCUUUUUUGCUAAGUUUUGCCAAGUCCCUGUCUACACUGUAGGGGGUGUGAAUAGUUAAUUUUAGAGUUUAAACGUUAUCCAAAUAUUUUUGAAUUUUUGUCUAAGCAUUGUCAGCUGGGAUGUAUUUUUUUUCAAUGUAAAAAAAUGUUUAUUUCACAGCACACCACGGUCUAAAAAUAAAUAUUUAAAUACUUUCCUGAAAAACAGCUAAAUUGCUGAAUAUUUGAUUUAUUAUGGCCACCUUUUUAAAGACAUUCUAUUUUCACCAUCAGUGAAUUAUCAAACUAAAAUCAAAAGCAUAUUGACACUGUUCUUUCAGAAAUGGGAAUUUUCACUGGGGAACUCCAUAUUACAUGGUAAAGGGUACAUUUAACGGAAAUCUGAUAACCAUGAAAAACAACGCAGCCUCAACUAUGAGUGAUGUGCAUGUGAAAUACAGCAGGAACGAUGCAGAGCGCGGUUAUUUAGUUACCAGUAAAUGCCAGCAUUUCUUCAUAGUCGGUUCCAUGUAUACCUUGGUGUUGUACACUUGUACACAUUAAUAUUGUAGUCCUGUAUUUAAAACUCUCCUCCAGCUUCUUGUUGGAGGUUAUCUUGAGUGGUUACCAGCAUUCCCAAUAAGUUAAGUGUUUAAAUGUGUUUAAUCUUUUCAGGGAUGGAAAUCAGACUCCCGUUGCAUAGCAGUUUGAUCCAUUUCUUAUUUUACUAUAAGUUUAAUAAUAAGACACACCUGAGCGUGUUACCUAUACACUGUGGCUAAUCAAGUUUGUAGUAAAACCUGGAAUGGGUGAAACUGCUGUGCAUGUCUUAUUUCCAUCCCUGUGUUUAAUUUUAGAAUUUUUGUUCCUGAAGGUGACUAAGAAAUGUUCCAUUUUUGUUUUUGUCUUGGUUCACUGCAAGAAGUUAAAUGUGGCUUGUGUCUUGGAAUGUAACAAUGGCAUGUAUGUAUUUGUAUGCCUAAGCUAUUUAACGUUGUAAGCUUUUUUAACUUGUACUUUCCUAAUAAAAUAAUGUUUUGCUCAUUUGA